AUGCCACGCACGUCAGCUAUAUCGUAUGCUGGGGAUGUAGGACGCGUGUGCCACAAGGCUUUGGGUUGCGCACGCGUCGUAGAAAUAUACGAUACAAAACUACGGUCAGUUAAUAUUAUAACCAAAUAUAAAGGCAAACAGGAAGAGGACGGCAACAAGUCCCAGACUGGUCCAGACUCUCGAGACGGGUACGUUUAUCUCGAGUGUGGUCAUCUUGUGAGUCACUCCGGAGCCGCGCCGUCUGGCUGCGUCUCAGACAUGCGGGCCUCUUACUGGGUCACGUCCAAUGAGGUUUCGGUGGCCAUCCUAUAUGUACAUUAA